AUGAAACCCAGAAGCCUCAUCACCUUCCUGGUGCUCCUUGCCCUUGAAAUCCUCACGUCCUGGGCUGCGGAAAGUACUGCCACAGGAAAAGCUAAGAGUGGAGCCUGCCCUGUCAGACCCCGUUUCCUAUGCCUUGUGUUCGAGCCUCCUGAGUGCCUGAAUGACUGGGACUGUCCAAAGGAGCAGAAAUGCUGUCCUAGCUAUUGUAGCAACUAUUGCCUGGAUCCUGUAGACCCAUCAAAGCAAGUUAAAGUCAAUCCUGGGAGGUGUCCAUUGGUCAUUGGUGAGUGUAAGGAGCCCAACCCCAUAGACACCUGCCUAAAUGACAGUGACUGCCUGGACAGUCUCAAAUGUUGCAAGAGGCCAUGUGGGAAUUCAUGUGUUGAGUCACUGAAAGAUACAUUCUUGCCAGUUCAACAAGAUUAGGACUUCUUGAUAUGUGUGGUUGGAGGAUUCCUUUUAUCCCGAAGCCAAGGAAAGAGGAAAGUGGCUUGGUGAAGGUGUGGCUUUGUGACCAAGUCCUCCAUGGGGCUAGGGCUGGGCUUGUCUUAUC